AUGGAGAUUCAGUUUGGCAUUCACCAAGACCUGUGGCAGGAUGCAUGGAUUGCAGCUACUUCAGCAGUUCGAGCCAAGAAGCGGCAGAUUGAUCUCAACGUGCAGCAGCGAGUGCAGCGUUUGAUUUCCGAUCACAGCCCGGGAACUGGGAAAGCACUCACUUUGCGGGUCUAUGGUACAAUGAUCAAGGGUUUCUGCGUGAUCAACAACGACCGCGCUCGUGUUCUCCACACAGACUGUGAGCGGGUGGUCCUGUUGUUUGCCGAGCAACCCUACUCGGAACAAGGUUUGAAAUUGCCUGCAGCCAAGAGGCAACGGGUUGAUGCUGUGACUCUGGACUUGUCUCGAGUGAAGGAGGCAGAGACAUUUGAUUGGACCCAAACUCCCUUGGGUGAAGACCUUUUGGAGCGUCUGGGUCCUGUGGAGCGUUUGCCAGAGCCUCAAGAAGCCACAGGGUGGGCUAUCGGAAUGAUGCCAGCCAUGCCAUCUUUGAUCGAAGAGCUCCCGGCUUUCCCCGAAGUGCCCAUGGCUGAAGUUCCAGCUCCAGAAGGAGCCCCUCCAGCAGCUCCAGAGGGAGCUGCAGCAGCUCCAGAUGCCGAUGCCUUGGAUCUCUUCGGUGGCGACUUGGAACUGCCAGAGCUACCGGAGCUGCCGGAGCUGCCGGAGGCGGAGAAGAAGCGACGUCGACGCCUUCCGCCCCCUGGACAUGUCUUGGGCUUUGAUGAGAAGAUCACAGCAGAGGUCGCUGAAGCCCAGGCAAGCGUGGAGCCACCUGGGUUGGAAUCGCAGGCCGAAAGGCUUCGUGAACGAACAGAGAUGUUUGCAGAUCACCUCGGUCCCUUGCGGAUCCUCCUGGGCACAUCAGACAGGGCUGUGGCAUACGAUGCACUGUCAGCGCCCCCUUCAGAGUCCCUGCCAUUGCCUGAAGUGCAGCCGUUACUGGAUGACCAGAUCCGUCCAGAGAUGCUGGGUGCCAUCUUCGCAAGAUCUCCUGAAGGGGAUGCUUUCUUGGCAGCUGCUGCACAAGCAGCAGAAGCUGCGACAGCUGCUGAAGCUGAAGCAGUGGGAGAGGAUCCAGCUGAAGCUGCUGAAGCUGCUGAAGCUGCUGAAGCUAAGGCUUUUGAUGUUCAGACGGCUCAAAUUGGUGCAGUGAUCCGGCAUUUCGUGGAGGAAAAGGAUGGUCCUGUGAUGUUGGAUGACCUCAUGCCCGGGCCUCGGGCCUUCGCCACCGAGCUGUACAGAAAAGAUCACCGCUGCGCGGACCUUCGGAUGUCUACUUGGACUUGCGACGGGAGGUGGACUGCAGGUGUACCAGGAGCUUCCCUACGGUCCAAUUUCGAUUGCCCUCGCAUGAGCGGCGGACAUGCUAAAUGCCGGGUUGAGCAUUGGCAGAGCCCGAGCAAUGCUUUGGCUGAAUGCUCUGGGAAGCAUUCGAACGCUGAGAGCUUUGAAUUUGGCCUGCACUGCGACAUCCUGUACAUCACAGGUCACAGGCCUUUUGCCUUUCCUGCAGAUGAAGACGCUGACGAGCUUUUGGGAUUGAAGUCCAAGUCUCAAAACCCCUUCGACAUUCUGGGCCUGUCACGUGCUUCAAAACAGGCAGCAGUACGACCUGCCUUUCGCAAGCUGGCGGCCAAAUUGCAUCCAGACAUCGCAGGGACUGGAGAUGCUGCUGCCUUCCGCCAAGUCCUGUGGGCCUAUCGAGAACUCUCUGAAGCUGAUGGUUGGCGCCGCUGGAGAAGAUCUCGUGGCCGCUUCGAGAAAUCCAUGAAAUUCAGCAACGAUUUCGAAGAGUUGUUCGAGGACGCGGUCGAUGCAGGGCCUGAUUCCCUAGACGAAUGGGAGGAGGUCUUUCGAAAGCGACAAGCAGAAAAAGCUGCGCAGGUUCAAAAGACUCAGCAGCAGUUGGUGAGACGCAUCAUCCAAGGAACCUACCAGGAGAAGGGAUCCAACCACGGAAGACCUAUUUUCAGGAAAGCUCUGGAGACAGGCGAGAGCGUGGCUAUAUACUACUGGGACGAAAAAGAUGGAGCGGACUGCGAUGGAUGGUGGAUCGGUGCCGAGGUUGGUGGCGAUAUGGUCUUUGCGUUCAACGUGAAUCAGGCCUCCAUGUUCCCACCCUUCAUGGGCUGGCGCUUUCCUCUACGUGGUCCCCUGGACAAUUCCUUGCGCGUUCAGCUAGGUAACAAUCGGUCAGAAGUUCAAGUCACCUUUGAAUCCUGA